GAUUCAACUUUUACCGAUGCAUGGUGCUUGAAAUACCAAAAUGACUACGGCUACGAGUUUACCUAGGGUUCCCGAGGGUCUUCGGGACCUAAUGAAGGUGUAUACCAAGGAGGUGUUACGUGAAAAGCCGGCUGACUUGUAUGGAUUUUCUGCCAAUUUUUUCAAUUUGAUUGUUGGGGAAAAAUCACAGAAAGCAGUGCGAAAAUACGAACCGGUGCAAACUUAUGAAACCAUCAUGAAAAACCGCAUUCGUCAGCAGGUUCCUUUAUCACUUGUGUUCAAUAUAAUCCCCGAAAAGCUGACUGAUCUAAUAAAGCAAUUCAUAAAGGCAGUUCUAAGAGAAAAACCUGAGAAUAUUUACAUAUUCGCACAGGAAUACUUUCAAAGGCUGUCCAAGGAAAAGUCUGGUCGAAUUGAGUACACCAAGUAUUCGACGUAUGAAAAUUCAAUGAAGGACAAGGAAAACGUAACUCCUGGAUCGAAGGUAACCUGUGAAUGUGGACGAAUACUGAGUGGAAAAACCAAGGAUGUGGAAAAUAGAUAUACGGAUACCAAGUUAGCUGAGGCAGACCAGAGAACAUUUUCAAGUAGAAUAACCUAUUUGCAAUCGGUCGUUAUUAUUCAAAGACGAAUUCGCCAAUUUCUCAACGAGCGGAAAAUAGGUCGAGAUAAGGAUAAAUGCAAUAGCGUGGAAUAUGUGACAGCAAUUCUCCUGAUUCAAAGACAAGUUCGUCGCUUUCUGGCCAAGAAGCGAGUUGAAAAACUUAAAAAUUCACGUGACGUCCGAAAGCCGAAUGCUAAAUUUAACACUGGCGACUAUAUGAAAGCCGUUGUCGUCAUUCAGCGACAUUAUCGCAUAUAUUUGAGAAAGAAGCAGGAGCAAAAUCGAUUGAAAAAUGACCCAGUAUCCUUAGCAACUGCUGCCAUCAUAAUCCAGAGGGCCUUCAGAAGGAUGGUGGCCUUACAAAGGGCCAAAAGGAAUACUUCUUCAGCCACCGAUCAGGGCGAGGAACUCAAUGACAACGCCUCCGAGACAGGAUCCUACACAUCCGUCUCCACCGCACUCCUUUCCACGGAAUCCACCGAGCUGGGAAUGGCCACUUACGAGGAAAGAGUCCAUCAAAAAAUAAUCCACGAGGACGAGGAAGUGGAGAACAAUAAUGUUGAUGCCGGCCUUGAGAAGGAGUUUUUGGCAGAACCUAUUAAGGGCCAAGAAAAAUCGAUGCUUCUGCGAAAAGCAGAAAUUCUUAGCGGUGCUUUAAUCGAAACUAUGAUUCGCAAACCUAGCUUGGAAAAUCUUAAGGAUUUCCACAGUGAAUCUAAAGAUUUUGAAGCGGAUUUGGAAAUCGAAGCGGAGAAAAAUAAAACUAGUCAAGAUCUAGAACCUGAAAUUCAAAAUAAUAAAGCAAGCCUAGAUCUAGAAUCGGUACCUCAAGCAGAACUGAUACCUGAAAAGAAAGGUGAAGAGCUCGAUUUGGAAUCUACAGCUAAAAAAGCUAGCUUGGAUGUAGAAACGGAAAGCCAAGUUGAACCUAAAAUAGAACCUGAUUCAAAAGACCUGGAACUGAAAAAGGAGAGUGAAAUUAUUACACAAAACUUGAGCAAAGAUAUUGUUGAUCAAGAAACCGGAGAAUUUAUAGAGGCUAUAUUACCUAACGCCAUGGAAAAAAAAGAAAGUAAUGGUGGAAAAGAAAAUAAUGAGAAAAAGAAUAUUGAUUCUCCUGAUGAUGCGCAAAAUAUCGAAAAUGAAACACCCAUUAUUGAGUCCAAUGAAAUUAUUCCACCACCCAAAAGUACAAGAUCUGAUAGCCAAGAAACUCCAAUUAAGAGCGAAGUCACUCCCACGGUUUCGAUUGAAAUUGAGCAUGUAGAUGAUAUUUCGGAAGACUCCAGUCCAAUUCUUCAAGAUUCUAAUGUGGACACAGCUAAGGAUUUAACUGAAGGAGACUCGAAGGAACAUGAGUCUACAAAUAUAACCAGUGUGGAAAUAGAUAGCUUAACAACGGUUUUAGUCAAUCAUAAUAGAGAGCAAGAGUCUCCUAUGGAAACUUCAGACGAUACAAUUUUGGAAACAUCUGGUGAUGCUGUAACCGCAACUGAAGAAAAUAAGUCUACAAUUGAAGAUGAAAUUAAUCAGAAGACUAGAGAAAAAAGAAGCAUUGAAGACGAAGAGUUGGUUAAUUCAAAUUUGGGAACCACCAACCAGACAUUCAUAAAAGAAGAUAUCAGUCCCAUUAUUAAGUCAGAAUUGAAACCUAUUAAUCAAGAGGAAGUUCAGAUAAACAACGACCAAGAACUGAAAGUAGAAGAAACAUCAGAUACCGAACCCAAAAUAAAAGAUAUUCCAAAAGCACGAACUAUUACAAAAGAUGAAAUAAUUUCAAGCAGCGCAGACGAGAAUAAUGUACAAGAGCCAUUGGAAGCAGUUGCUGAACCAUCAGUUCAAGAAAUCACCUCGGAUCCCCAAAUCGAAGAAUCAAUUACUGAGAAUAAGGUAGAUUCUGCAGAAAGCAAAGAUGUUGUGGAACCUAAUAGUCAACUUGAGGAUGAACCUGAUAUUACAAGUGUUGCAGAUGCAUCUGACUUAUCAAAAGGUGAGAGAAAAUCUGAAUCAGCUGAAGACUUGGAACUAAAUGAAACAGACGGUGAACUGCAUCCCGAAACUAAUCGUUUGAAAGAAAAUCUUAAAAGCAGCACAGAUAAACCAAACCAUUCAGUUGAAAAAGUCGCAACUGAGGAUGAAUCAGAGGAAACACAAAAUAUAGAGAAACUGUCACAACAGGAAACCAUACCAAUUGGAUCUAAUAGUUUGGAGACUGAAGAAGUAGUUCCAUCUGAUGGCAACAUAAAUAAAGAUAAAUCUGAAGAAUCCAAUGAUGAUUUCCAUAAUUUUGAUGUCUUUACGGAAGGAACUAAUUUAAAGGACAAGGACAAUAUAACAGGCUCUUCAAUAAUCAAAGAAUGUACAGAUGAGCCCGCUGUUAAUGAUAUAAAUGACAGUAUGGGAGAGAGUAUAUUAAUAGCAAGCACCUUACCAGAAGAAUCACUGGACACAUCCGUGGAACACGAACUUGAAAGUCCAAAGCAUUUUGCUUCUGAAGGACUUGAUUACCUAAAAGAUAUCAUGGAAGAUAUAAGUUCCAGUGCUAGAGAGCUCCAACAAAUUAUAAAAACUAGUAUGGAAGACCCUGUCAUUAAUAGUAAGGUACCAACUGAGAGAUCAAAAAGUUCACAAGCUGAACACCAGGACCAAGAAACUCUACUAAUCAACUCUGAAUCACAGCAAGUUGAAAUUCAUAAAAUAGAGGACGAUCCUGCUGUUUUAAGUAAAAUAGUAUCUGAAGAAGCAGAAAGUUCACCAACUGAAGACCAACAUUCCGGUAAGGAAACUUUAACAAUCAACUCCGAAACAAAGAAGGAUGAAAAUAAUAAAUUAGAGGAAGAACCUGUCCAACUAGAUAAACUAUUAACUGAAGGAUCAAAAGGUUCACAAGCUGAAGACCAACAAUCCGAUCAUAAACCUUUAACAAUCAACUCAGAGUCUAAGCCUGUUGAAGAUAGUAAUACAGAAAGUGAAUCUUUAAAAAUAAUCUCAGAGCCUAUGCCUGUUGAACAUACUAAUUUAGAAGAUGAAACUGCUCAAAUAAAUAAAAUGUCCACGAAGGGAUCGGAAACUUCCCAAACUGAAAGUGAACCAUCGGAUGAGAAGGAUAUACCAACUAAGUCGGAAUCUGUGCAAACUGAAGAUAGUAACAUAAUACAGGAUUUUACCGAAUCAAAUAGUAUUCAUUCUGAGGAUUCAGAAGAAUUACAUAAUAAGGACAAAAAACCAAAUUCUGUUGAUGAAAGGACUGAAAGCACGGAAAAAGUAUUGUCAUCGUCACCAGAACACAGAUCUCCGAGUGCAAUAGGUGAUAGUCCUAAAAGUGAGGAGGAGGAUCUGGAAUUUCUAACAAAGGGUAAAGGUAAAGAAAUCUCCGGGGGAGACAAACUCCAAAAUUCUGUUGAUCAAAGAACUGAAAGCACGGAAAAAGCUUUGCCAGCUUUACCAGAUAAAAAUGCAUCGAUUGCAAUUGAAGAUGGUCUCAAGAGUGGAGAUGAUGUUGUUGAACAUCCAACAACGGGUCAUGGUAAUGAAAUGUCCAUGGCAGACACCGCCAUUGCAGUUAUGGAAUUAUCUCCUGAGAUCGAAACCGAAGCUACAAAUGCCCAAGAAUCGGAGGGCACAGAAGCUAAAGAUAAUUCUGGCAACGAACCUGCAGUACCACCAACUCUUGCAGCUGAUAAAGACAAACCAGAAUUUGAUGUGAAGAAAGAUAUAAAAGACGAAGGACCGUCAGCCGUCCUGGGAAAAUGUGAUUCUUCAGAUUAUCCAUCCAAGCCUAGCGAAACCGAAACAUUACCUUUAGGAAAACAAGAAAGUUCUUCAGAAAUGGAAAGCAAAUCUCUUGUAGUCGAGGAUAAAGACACUGCGGAAUCAAAACCAAAAACGACUCACCUGUUGCCUCAAACCCUGAAGAAAAACUCUUCAUUGCUUGUAUCUAAUCAAUUAAUUGGCACCCAAAAUUUACCUACUAACCAUAUUGAGAUUGAAAAGAACACCAAGAAGUUAUCUAACCCUGUUGUAAAAGAUAAAGAUAUUGGCACCUUAACGUCGGGGCGUCUUGUACCCACACCCAUUGCUGAGUUGCAGCUUAAGUCAUUCAAAAAUCCCAACGACGAUGGCGCCUGGUAUGAUAUUUAUGUGGAGCCCAAGGCGACUUCUGAUAAGGAUUUGGAAAAUAUUCCAAUAUCAAAUGAACCCAAGAAACUUGAUACGGACCAACAAACAUCCUCAGUUGUAGAUGAGCCAACUAUUGUCUCGGAAAGAACUCCAAGUUACUAUACCCCCAAAGAAAUCAUAGAAACAGCUGCACCGAAAGCUAAGAACUCAGUUUCAUUUUUUGUUUCAUUCGAUUCGGAUGAUAGAAAGCCCAAAUACAAAAUGCCCAAAAGGUUUAGAGAUCAAUCAAAAACCGACUCUGUUAAAGAAGUAAAGAAUCCCGAAGUUAUCUCAUCCGAAUCUGAUAAUGAUUCAAAUGAAGAGGAAAUAGAAGUUAUCGAAGUAUCGGAGGGCGAUCCCGAGUACCAACAUACCGGUGGCAGCAAAUUACAAACCAUAUUGGAACUUGAUAAUGAAAGUGAGCAGCCCACUGAGUUAAAUAAUCAAAGCCAAGCUUUAGAGCCAAAAGAAAUUAUUGAUACAGUCGAAGAUAAUCCGGGUAAAACAAAAGGCCCAAAAAGUAAUACUGAGCAUUAUGAAGAAGCCUAUAAAACUGACAUUUUAAGAAUAACAAGAUCUGUACGGAUCAUAGAAAGAGCGUACCGAAGGUUUAAGAGUAGAGGUUCAUUAAAGACCAAUGAAUCGGAUUUGGAAAAGCAAAAUAGGGCUGCUAAGGUAAUACAAAAGUGGCUUCGAGACUCGUUAAGGAAAAAAGCAUCGUUAGCUUCCUCAGGUGCUUCUAAAAAAUUUAAUGAAAAUAAUGCUGCGAUGAAAAUUCAAAGAGCCUAUAGAAGAUAUGCUGUAAAAACUAAUGAAAUGAAAUCUGCAAAUCUUGAGUCUCAAGAAAGGACUAAAAAAGAAGAAAUUGCUGCACUCGUUAUCCAAAAAGCAUUUAGGCUAUAUUCUCAGAGAAAAUUAGUUGAACUUAACAAAAAGCUGUACUCAGAUGAUACAGAACUGGAGCAAAAUAAUGCUGCUAAGAAAAUUCAGAGGGCUUACAGAAGGUAUCUGAAAUUAUCCGAUAAACCAGAACUUCAAGAAGUUGAACAUCCAGUGGAAUCGAACAAAAAUCUAAAUGAUUCUUCAAUACUAUCUAUUGAACCAGAACUAAUUAGUGAAUCUCAGUCUAAAAAGCAACAAGAUAUUAAGAAACCUUUGCAAGCCAGUUCCUCAAUUAAUACAUUAAAAUCAACUGAUAGCACAGAAACUACAAAUGAUGUCCAAACAGAAGAUCUCCAAGAUAUGGAAAAGGUAGAAGAAAUCAUUUCGAAUCCAAUUCAUAUGCCAAGUUUAGCUGAAGAACCAAAACGAAUAAAAGAAAUAAAGAAGGAUGAGAUCAUAGAAUUAGAAAAACUUUCGAAUGUCAGUUCCAAUCCAAUUAAUUUGUCAAAAUCUGAAGAGUUGCAGGAAAAAAAGAGCCCUGAAAAAGCUGAUACAAGCCCAGUUCGUACUUUAGGAUCAGCUGAUAAUCAAGAAAAUAUAAACAAUGUAGAGGCAGAAAAACUCCAAAGUAUGGAGACUCCUGACGAUCCUGAAACUUUGAUUCAAGAUAAACCAGAAAUCAUAAUUGAAUCAAUAAAAGAUGAGCAUCAAUCCAGUCCCAUUCAUCCAAAAAAGGAUGAUUUUGAUGGAAAGUCCAAUGCAGCUCUAAUAAUACAGAGAGCUUUCAGGCAAUAUAUGGAAAAAAGAAAGCUUGAAAAUUUCGAUGAGAGCUCCUUUGACUCGAUUACCAGCUCACGAAUUACAGCGAUAGAAACCUCCAACUAUCCAACUGCAGGAACCACACCAUCAGAAAGUUUGCCCCAAGAAGCCAGCGAAGACCCAGGCGAAGAUGCUUCGGAGAUUCAACCGAAGUCCGAGUGGUUUGUGGGGUCAACUCGCAUAGUACCAAGCCAGGGAGUCGUUGAAGAACCUGUUGGGUUAGAAACCGAUCCGGAUCCAGCCGCAAUCACAAGUAAAACUGAGCUCGACACCAGCACGCAAGUAGAAUCAGUUGAAACAGUAGAUAGAACGCAUGGCUAUGGCUCGCUUGAAUCCAAAUUAAAUACUGGUAUUAUCAGUUCUGAAAUCGAUGAGAGUCUAGGCGUUACAUCUGAAAAGGAUAAUGCAGUCUCUUCUGGUUUAGCAGGUUUAACAAAGGCGUCUGAAACUGGUCUUGAUUCGGUGGAGGAUCCACUUCUUCUAUCACAAUCCGAUUUUGGUGGUAUCGUACAGUCUCUAGAUGUUGCUUCAACUCAAGAACUGGUUAAUAGUUUUCUGGAGAAUGAGAUUGAGUACACGUCCAAGCAAGGACCAUUUCCAAGUGUUAACCUUCUUCAAGAAGUUGUAGAGGAACCCUGUAUAAAGAAGUCCGCUUCACUGGUUAAUCUUUCCGAAGGCGAAUCAGAACCAGAUGUUGCUAGUCAAAAAGCAGAAAAUACGGAUUCUUCAAUGUCUGAAACCACUGGUUUAGAUACGCUAACCGCUGAUACAAUAGACAAGGCCACCGUUAAGUUGUCCAAGCCAGAGGAAGUAAUUGAAAAAAUGUCUCUACUCCGAGACUCCAAGUCCCACGAGAGACUUGCCUCGGCAGAUCCCAGUAUUGAUGAGCCCGUUGUGCGGCGCAUGAGUUCCCUGCAGGAACAAGCCAGCAUGGACAUCGAGGAUGGAGAUAUCAUCGUAUACAAUCGAUUGCAGAGGGACGAAACCAGGGAAAGCUCUGCUCAGAGUGAUUCUGUGGUCUUCGGUGAGGCAGAAUCCGCAAAUAUCCAGGAAAGGGAUUUACUCAAUGAAGAAGAAUCCGGAAGGGUGCAUUUAAUGAGGCACUACACUAUCGCAGGUGAUGAUCCGCGUGGUCUGUUCAGAUCUGUGACCAUUGAUGAGGCUCUAAAUUAUGUUGAGAUUGGAGAAAAUGGUAUGGGUAUUAACAGCACGAAUAGUUUCUGUUUGGACGAUGAAACCUCGGAGAACAUUCGCAAGAAAAUGAUGGCCUACUCGCUUUCUGAAACGGACUCGGAUUACUUUGAUCCGAAGAAGGGUAGCAAAGAGGAUUUUGACAUAGAUACGGCCAUGGCAGAUGCCAUGGGCACGUCCACUGAAACGGAGUCCACCAUUGUUUCGGCCGCCACAAAGAUCCAAGCGGGAGCAAGGGGAUUCCUUACCAGGCGUAGAUUGCGACGGGCAAGUGCCGGAACAAAGUCGUCCACUCUGGACACCAAGGCGUCCUUCGGCAACGAUGCAAUUAGCGAGUCCCUGGAACGUUUCAUCGAGGAGGAAGCGGCCAAGAAGAUCCAGACCGCCUAUCGGAUGCACACCCGAAAACGCAAGGGUGACCGGAAGAUGGAAGGCAUCAGCCUGGAGAGCAAUCUGGCUGCCAGGCGUCAGAAAUUGCAGCGCGGGGAUGCCCUUCGAAAUGAUUCUACCCCCGAUGAUGAAAAUAGUGUGAACAGCAGUGGGGGUCAGACUCAAAAAAGCUCAAAAUCAGGGAGAAGCAAAACAGUUGGUGAGACAAGGACAAAGGCCGACAUGGAAUUAAGGUGGCUGAAGAUGAGGCAGAAUUCAAUGCCCGUACAAAUUGAUUGCGAAGUUUUCCGAGUCAUACCCAAGCAUAUGCGUAAACGUAUAAAAAGCGCCGAGGCGAACAAAAGAAAAUAAAAUUCUCAAGUCUAUAAGUAUCAUCGCUGAACUAUAUCUAAAUAAAAUAUAUACGAGUAUUUAA